UUUAAAUUGAACACGAUGAACAAGAUACUCUCGGAGUAUUGCUCGUCGUCCACCAUGAAGCACAUCACUUUCUUGUCGCUCGCUGCCUGUGUGCUGUUGCUGAUAACAUUCGCUGUUUGUGACAGUUCCAAAUCGGAAUCUUCACCAAAAGAUCCCUUAGAACAACCAAUCGAAGUUGGAGAUUUUUCAUCGGAGGAGUUUGAAGAUUAUUCAUCGGAGGAACUGGGUGAUAAAACACUUCUAGCAAAUAGAAUGGCAAGCGUAAGACGAUGUUUUAAAGGAUAUCGGUAUUCCAAAUCAUUGGGUCAAUGUCUGCCGAUACUCAAUUUAAAAGGCCAAAGGACCUAAUUUCUGUGUUUAUGAGGACAUCAAUAUUCCACAACCUUUAAAAAAAAAGGCGUAAAUCAAUAACACAAACAACGGAGAACACAUUUAGAGCCAAUAAUAAAAACAAAUGAAAUUGUC